GGGGGCGGGGCCGGACCGCCAUGCUGAGCAGUCGCAAAAUAGUGUGGCUCCUGCAAUCUCUCCCAGUUUUUCAGCACAAAAACGACAAUACCUACCUGACAGCAGCGACCCAGUGCAAGAAGCCACCCUGGUUCCGAGGAGAGGCUUGCUGCAAAGUUCUAGUCCCUUGGAGGGGUGCUCUCCGUCACCCACGAUGGAGACCACUCGGGCGGUGAGUGGGGUGGACGGCCGCUGCCCUGCUAUCCUGCCCACCAGCGGUAUGGGAGAAGCACAAGGCUAGGUGGAACUGGCCCUGUCCCCCCCCUCUGGACCGGGGGGGUGAUCCCGGUCCCCACCCUAACCCUGUCAGUGUGCAGCAACAUCAGCUGUGGCAGGGGGGCCCCAAACCUCGCAGGCCGCAAUCAAAAUGGCGGAGACCGCAUGUCGAGUCACCCGCGACAGACGGAAGACGGACGCACCCACCUCACAGUGGCAGCAGGCCGGCACAAGCCACAUGGGAACCGCCGGGCACCUGCAAAGACCCACCCAGAGCCAAGCCAAACGGGCGGAGAAGCCGGAGCCACCUCAAGCCAACGCAAACAGCUCCACGAGCAACCGACGGAGGUCGACACCUGCAAACUACUGCCUAAACACCGCCAAAUGCUCAACUCAAAGAGGAGACAGUGCUCCAGCUACAUAGCUCCGCAUACUGAACCUCUAGGAUCACCGCGCAGGACGCACAUGAACAACAACGAGGCUAAUGGGACUUACCUCCUGCACGAGACAGGCACUUGAUGGAACCGCAAGUAUACCACAA